AUGGCUAAGCCGACCUCUGGACUUCAGGAAACCAUAAUGGCUAAGCCAGCAAAACUCCGGAAAAUGGAGAUUGUGCUGGGUCCUGAACAACCCGAUGAGGAUGGGCCAUUCAAGUAUCAACCGGUGAUAACACACUUCACCGUUCUAGCCGGUGAUAACACACUAAAGCUCCACUCAAAACUUGAUGCUGCCACCAUGCCACCUUCUACCUGCACAUUCUCCUCAUUGUCUGCUAAGUCUGUCCAAACAAUGCCAUACAGUCUGCUACUAAUUUACCACUUCCUCUGUUGCAUUUAUAACGAGGACGUACUGUGGAUCUACCUCAUCCUUGAAUGUCCAUGUGAAGCAUUCAACGAAAAUCAAUGUACUCAUAAACGGCGUUCCUUGAGUCACGUCCCACUAGAAAAUUAUACACGUAUUCGUUCUGAGGGAGUGUGCCGAGCAGAGGAGAAGUAUACUUAUCAGGAACCUGUGCAAAAGAAAUGUUGGCGAGCAUUUUCGCCUCAAUGUAGAACGUGUCCUCAACAAGCGACUGUAAUUCCUACAUCGGAUGCAACCAUUCGUGCUGCUGCUCAACUGCAACCUGCAAAUGAGGGGCAACUAGCUCCACAAUGCGUUGCUGUUCCCACCAUAGGUGAUGCUGUUAGAUCUACACCAACAUCUUCUGCUAUUUCAGCAAGACGACCAUGGAAUGCUACUGCAGUGACAUGUUCGCCCUGCCAUCGUGAUGAUGCAACAACUAUCUCACAAACAAGGGCAACACUAGCGGUGACAAACGCCACAAACGCUGCGCCCUACGCACCAUUUAAUUUCAGCGAGAUUCUUGCACUACUUGAAGAUGAAAGCCCUGCUACUACACCAAUACACAGUGGAUUAGAUGACAACAUAUUAGGUCGGCAAAGCCGAAGAAGUAACGUUGUUACAUGGCGACUGAUAGCAAUGGAUAGAAAGCCAGCGUACUCAGACAUUGAUUUUUCGUUGGUACUCACUAGUAUUGAUCCUCGUCUGAAUCGCCUCGGUCUUGUUAUCAAGAAAUAA